CUCGGAAGGCAAGAGCUGCUAACCUGUACGAGCUUCCAUCGCUCGAGGAGCUGUGGAUGAAGGAGUGCCGCCCUUACUCGUCCACCGCCAAGGCCAACGAAUGUGGCAAGGGCAAGGGCGUGAACGACCCGAGGAAGGAUUUGCAGGACAAGGAGGCUUACGUGGCAAAUCUCAAGACGAUGGCCAUGCGCGGGUCCAGCCUCUACACGGGAUACGCGAUUGUGGGCGGGGGUGCGUCUCAAGCUGCUAGCUAUACGGAGAAGCUCAGCAAGUCCUGCAAGGAGUACUUUGAGUCCAAGGGGCAGGCGGAUGAGGAGGUUGCAGCGGCAAUGGAGGGCGUAAGGGGUAGGUCCACCCAAUGCACCCACUUGCAGUACGUACUGGAGGCGGGGCUCUUGUACAGCAAGGACGGGCAGGGACAGUACCCUAUCGACUUGCUGAACAAGUGCCCUAUCAAGGGCAAUGCUGGUAGGGCCGCCGCGAGGAUUCGGCAGUCCAUGUACUUGCAGUACGCUGGGCGCCUUGGCGCGCUGUGCAAGAAGGAUGCUCCAAUCGCACCGUUGGGGCUGCUACUGGCGGUGGGAGCUUCAUCCUCGUACAGGGAAGCUGGGGAGCUUAUCAACCAGUACCGGGCGGCUAGGAAAUCUGGCAAUCCGCCCGCUCGGCCAGUGGUGGCAUUGGCGCGGCGCUUCUUUGGCAUCGCGCCGGAGCCUCCGUCCGUCAACACUAUCCCCAACACGGCUGGUGGCGUAGGCGUUCGGAUUGAGGUCGACGGAGGUGGCGGUGCUGCUGGUGGCGCCACAGGCGGUGCCGCAGGGGGUGCUGGAGGUGCUGGUGAGGGAGUGGCCGCGCCCUUGGAUCAAGGUGCGGCCCAGCCUGGUGCGGCGGCCACCACAGCGCACAGCGACAAAGAGGAGGAGCCGGAUCUGGCGCUGAUUAACUUGGAUGUCUUUGGUGUCGAGCCGCCAGUGCAGCAGCGUGCGCCACGGGGUCGGCAGCGGGCGUCUGGUCUGGAUGACGACCUCGGAGCCCGUGGUGGCAGGAAGAAGCAGCGGACCGGGGCUGCUAAGGUGGCGAAGAGCGGUCGUGGUGGUGGUAGCGGGAGGGGAGAAGUUGGCAGUGGAAGAGGGCGUGGGCGGGGCGGCAGGGGCGGGGGGAGGGUGGCGGCAGUGGUUGAGUCGGAAGAAGAGGAGGAUGGGGGUGACGAGGAAAUGGAGGACGACGAGGAGGCAAGCGGGGAGUCUACUGGGGAGGGGCAGGAGGAUGACGUGAGUGUCCGGGAUACAUCGGAUGACAGCAGCAGCAGCAGCGGCGGUGGAAGCAGUGGCAGCAGCGGCGAACGGGCGGGCGGAAACCGGCAGCAGGACCGUAGGCAGCAGGAACUAGAGCAGCAGCAGCAGCGGGGUAAGAAGCAGCAGGCAGCAGUUGGGGCGGCAAAGGUGCCCAAGGCAGGAACUGGGUCGAGUGGCCAGUCUCGGCGUGUGCGGGCUAACCGCUAGAUAGAGGCAGACUGGGAGUAGGUUGUUUGCAAUGGGCAUAGAGUAGCUGUGAGUGGAAACAUGGUUCGUAGAUAGGUGAUCCAAAGUUGGGUUGGGUUGGCUUCACGUGGUGUACCUUUUGUAUUGGUUUGGCCGUGAUUGCUUGGAUGAUUUAUUAUUAUAAGCUUGGAUGACUUGAUAGCACAAACCUGAUACCCAUGACCAUACUUCUUAUCUACCUGCAAUUUUUGACGUGCAUGAUCCUAUUUCGUUGCAGGGGCGUUGGAGUAGGUUAGUUCAGGGACUGUAGGCAAGAUGUUUGAUAUAGAUAGGCAAUGGAGUAGAUAUUGGACUAUGGUAAGCUAGCUUAUGGAUUGCAUUGGGGGCGUGGGGCUUCCAGGGGCGUGGUCCCUUCGUAUAAUGGUGGUGAGCAUUCGUAAAAAGGAG